GGCGGCAGCGGGUGCUCGGGACCGGGCGGGGCAGCGGCGGCGGCGGCGCGGGGACGCGCGCUGUCUCUUUAAGGGAGCUCGGUCUGGGGUGGUGCUUUCCUCCGCGAAGGCUCCUUUGAUAUUAAUAGUGUUGGUGUCUUGAAACUGACGUAAUGCGCGGAGAGUGAGGUCCUGACAAGCGAUAACAUUUCUGAUAAAGAUCCGAUCUCAUUGCAUCUCAAACGUCCUGUUUUUCGGUGCUGCUCGGCGGCUCCAGACCUUGCGUCCUCUGAUCGCGCUCUCGCCUUGCUUAUUUUUUUUAUUUUUUAAGCAACAACAACAAAAAUCAACAAAACCCCCUCCCCUCUCCCACCCCGCACCGGGCACAUCCUUGCUCUAUUUCCUUUCUCUUUCUCUCUCGCUCUCUCUUUUUUUUUUCGGGGGGGGGAGGGAAGGGAAAGGGGGGGCGGCAGAAAAGAUCGUUUUCUCCCCCCCCCCCAAUAAUCCAAGAUCAACUCAGCAAACAACAGAAGACGGUUCAUGGCUCUGGCUGCCGCGCCACCAUCUUUCGGGCUGCCGAGGGUGUUCCCGACGAUUAAUCAACAGAUAUGGUCCGGAAAAAGAAUCCCCCUCUGAGAAACGUUGCUAGUGAAGGCGAGGGUCAGACCCUGGAGCCAAUAGGUACAGAAAGCAAGAUAUCUGGAAAGAACAAAGAAUUUUCUGCAGAUCAGAUGUCAGAAAAUACAGAUCAGAGUGAUGUUGCAGAACUGAAUAAUAAGGAGGAUCAUAGCUCGCAUGGCCAAGAUCCAUCUUCAAGCAGCAAGAAGGACUUGAAAAGCUCAGUCCUGAGUGAGAAGGCUGGCUUCAAUUAUGAAAGCCCCAGUAAGGGAGGAAACCUUGCCUCCUUUCCCCAUGAUGAGGUAACAGAGAGAAAUAUGUUGGCUUUCUCAUCUCCUGCUUCUGGGGGAGUCUGUGAGCCCUUGAAGUCUCCUCAAAGAGCAGAGGCAGAUGACCCUCAAGAUAUGGCCUGCACCCCAUCAGGGGAGUCAUUGGAGACAAAAGAAGAGCAUAAGACGUCACCAAAGGCUACUGAGGAAACAGGGCAAGUGCAGAGUGGUCAAGCCAAUUGUCAAGGUUUGAGCCCAGUUUCCGUGGCCUCAAAAAACCCACAAGUGCCUUCAGAUGGGGGUGUAAGGCUGAGUAAACCUAAAACUGACUUACUGGUGAAUGACAACCCAGACCUGGCACCUCUGUCUCCAGAGCUUCAGGACUUUAAAUGCAAUAUCUGUGGAUAUGGUUACUAUGGCAAUGACCCCACAGAUCUGAUUAAGCACUUCCGAAAGUAUCACUUAGGACUGCAUAACCGCACCAGGCAGGAUGCUGAGUUGGACAGCAAAAUCCUGGCCCUUCAUAACAUGGUGCAGUUCAGCCAUUCCAAAGACUUCCAGAAGGUCAACCGCUCUGUGCUCUCUGGUGUGCUGCAGGACAUCAACUCUUCACGGCCUGCUUUACUAAAUGGGACCUAUGAUGUACAGGUCACUUCGGGUGGAACUUUCAUCGGCAUUGGACGGAAAACUCCAGAUUGCCAAGGAAACACCAAGUAUUUCCGCUGUAAAUUCUGCAAUUUCACUUAUAUGGGAAACUCCUCAACUGAACUAGAACAACACUUUCUUCAGACUCACCCGAACAAAAUAAAAGCUUCUCUCCCCUCCUCUGAGGGUGCCAAACCUUCUGAGAAGAACUCUAACAAAUCUAUCCCUGCACUUCGAGCCAGUGACUCUGGAGACUUAGGAAAGUGGCAGGACAAGAUAACAGUCAAGGCGGGAGAUGACACGCCUGUUGGCUACUCAGUGCCCAUUAAACCCCUUGAUUCCUCAAGGCAAAAUGGUACAGAGGCCACCAGUUACUACUGGUGUAAAUUUUGUAGUUUCAGCUGUGAGUCGUCCAGCCCACUUAAGCUGCUGGAACAUUAUGGCAAGCAGCAUGGAGCAGUGCAGUCAGGAGGCCUUAAUCCAGAGUUGAAUGACAAGCUUCCCAGAGGCUCUGUCAUCAAUCAGAAUGAUCUAGCCAAAAGUGCAGAAGGGGAGCCAAUGACCAAGCCAGAAAAGGGCUCUAGUGGGUCUAAAAAGAAGGACUUCCCCAGCAAGGGAGCAGAAGAUAAUAUGGUAACAAGCUAUAACUGUCAGUUCUGUGACUUUCGUUAUUCCAAAAGCCAUGGCCCUGAUGUGAUUGUAGUGGGGCCACUUCUCCGUCAUUAUCAACAGCAACAUAACAUCCACAAGUGUACCAUUAAGCACUGUCCAUUCUGUCCCAGAGGUCUUUGUAGCCCAGAAAAGCACCUUGGAGAAAUUACUUAUCCUUUUGCUUGUAGAAAGAGUAAUUGUUCCCAUUGUGCACUCCUGCUGUUGCACUUGUCUCCUGGGGCAGCUGGAAGCUCAAGAGUCAAACACCAGUGCCACCAGUGUUCCUUCUCCACCCCCGAUGUAGAUGUGCUCCUCUUUCACUAUGAGACCGUGCAUGAGUCCCAAGGAUCCGAUGUCAAACAAGAAGCAAAUCAUCUGCUAGGAUCCGAGGGCCAGCAGGCUGUCAAGGAAAGCAAAGAUCACUCGUGCACCAAAUGUGAUUUUAUUACCCAGGUGGAAGAAGAGAUUUCCAGACACUACAGGAGAGCACACAGCUGUUACAAAUGCCGCCAGUGCAGUUUCACAGCUGCAGAUACCCAGUCACUGCUGGAUCACUUCAACACCGUUCACUGCCAGGAACAGGAGAGUACUGCGGCCAACGGUGAAGAGGAUGGCCAUGCCAUACCCACCAUCAAAGAGGAGCCCAAACUUGACCUCAAGGUCUACAGUCUGCUAAACCCAGACUCUAAAAUGGGAGAGCCGAUUUCUGAGAGCGUGGUGAAGAGGGAGAAGCUCGAUGACAAAGAAGGGCUCAAAGAGAAAGUUUGGACUGAGAGUGCCAGUGAUGACCUUCGUGGCGUGGCCUGGAGAGGGGCUGACAUCCUCCGGGGCAGUCCAUCCUAUACUCAAGCAGGCCUAGGGCUCUUGACGCCUGUGUCCAGCUCCCAAGAGCAGACAAAGACUCUGAGGGACAGCCCCAAUGUCGAAGCUGCCCACCUGGCACGACCUAUGUAUGGCUUGGCCGUCGAUACCAAGGGAUUCCUGCAGGGGGCGCCGGCUGGCGGCGAGAAGUCUGGGUCCCUCACCCAACAGUACCCUGCAUCCGGGGAGAGCAAGUCCAAGGAUGAAUCCCAGUCACUGUUACGGAGGCGAAGAGGCUCCGGUGUUUUUUGUGCCAAUUGCCUGACCACAAAGACCUCUCUCUGGAGAAAGAAUGCAAAUGGCGGAUAUGUAUGCAAUGCAUGUGGCCUCUACCAGAAACUUCACUCGACUCCCAGGCCUUUAAACAUCAUUAAACAAAACAACGGUGAGCAGAUUAUUAGGAGAAGAACAAGGAAGCGUCUUAACCCAGAGACGCUUCAGGCUGAGCAGCUCAACAAACAACAGAGGGGCAGCAGUGAGGAGCAGGUCAAUGGAAGCCCUUUAGAGAGGCGGUCAGAAGAUCACUUAAGCGAAAGUCAUCAGAGAGAAAUUCCACUUCCAAGCCUAAGUAAAUACGAAGCCCAGGGUUCAUUGACUAAAAGCCAUUCUGCUCAGCAGCCAGUCCUGGUCAGCCAAACUCUGGAUAUUCACAAAAGGAUGCAACCUUUGCACAUUCAGAUAAAGAGUCCUCAGGAAAGUACUGGAGAUCCAGGAAAUAGUUCAUCCGUAUCUGAAGGGAAAGGAAGCGCUGAAAGAGGCAGUCCCAUAGAGAAGUACAUGAGACCUGCAAAACACCCCAAUUAUUCACCACCAGGCAGCCCUAUUGAAAAGUACCAGUACCCACUCUUUGGACUUCCCUUUGUACAUAAUGACUUCCAGAGUGAAGCUGAUUGGCUGCGGUUCUGGAGUAAAUAUAAGCUCUCCGUUCCUGGGAAUCCGCACUACUUGAGUCAUGUGCCUGGCCUACCAAAUCCUUGCCAAAACUAUGUGCCUUAUCCCACCUUCAAUCUGCCUCCUCAUUUUUCAGCUGUUGGAUCAGACAAUGACAUUCCUCUAGAUUUGGCAAUCAAGCAUUCCAGACCUGGGCCAACUGCAAAUGGUGCCUCCAAGGAGAAAACGAAGGCACCACCAAAUGUAAAAAAUGAAGGUCCCUUGAAUGUAGUAAAAACAGAGAAAGUUGACAGAAGUACUCAAGAUGAACUUUCAACAAAAUGUGUGCACUGUGGCAUUGUCUUUCUGGAUGAAGUGAUGUAUGCUUUGCAUAUGAGUUGCCAUGGUGACAGUGGACCUUUCCAGUGCAGCAUAUGCCAGCAUCUUUGCACGGACAAAUAUGACUUCACAACGCAUAUCCAGAGGGGCCUGCAUAGGAACAAUGCACAAGCAGAAAAAAAUGGAAAACCUAAAGAGUAAAACCUUAGCACUUAGCACAAUUAAAUAGAAAUAGGUUUUCUUGAUGGGAAUUCAAUAGCUUGUAAUGUCUUAUGAAGACCUAUUAAAAAAUACUUCAUAGAGCCUGCCUUAUCCAACAUGAAAUUCCCUUCUUUUUUAAUUAUUUCUGUUAAUGAGUAGGUUACCAGGAUUUAAAAGUGAGACAUAUGGUCAGUGAGAAAGAAUGGGAGAUGAGAACAAUUUUUCUUACAUUUUUUAAACCUAGUGAGUCAAAACUAUCUUGGCCAAUGUGUACUGGGAAAAUUCCAUAUAAAGGCCCACCAAAUUAGAACUAUGAUGUUUGUAAAAAGCAAAUAGUGUCUACAGUGUCAAAGGGUUUACAUAUCAUGAUAUAAAAUAACUAUUAAGCUGGAUAUUGCCUCAUUCAUUAAAAAACCCAUAAAAGGUUGGCUAAAUUUAAAAUCCCAGCCAAAUGAUAAGAAAUUGAACCUCUAGGGUGAUGAAAGGUAAUGACACCCUCUCAGAUAUGUCCCCUUUUAUUGACCGUGUUUCAGAUUUGGACCUAGAAAUGUGAACUGUGGUUAGGCUUGGUAAGAGAGCAGUAAGAAACGUGACAGAUGGUGGCACAAUAAUUUUUGGCCAGCCCUGCAUGUACAUACACAUACACACCCUCUUUGAUAUUUUUUGUCCUUUAGAUAUUUCAAUACUCAGUAAUCCUUUUGUUUGCAGUUUAGAUUAAUUUUUCCCAAAUAUAUCCAUUUUUAAAAAACAAUGUCCUCGAUGCUUAUAUAAUUUUAUUUUAGCCAGAUAAUUGUUUCUCGUUUAUGAUGAACCAGUUCAGAUUUAUUUUUUAAGUCUCCUCUUGGUCACUAAUCUCACUUGGUACAAUGUAACUAAAGAAAUCUCCCACAUUUCAAAAAGGAAAAAAAUAGAUGGAUAUAAAUGUCAGGCCAUGGGUUUAAUUCAUUUAGGGCACAUGAUGUUUCUUCACAAGGUAACCUGCUGUAUUUAUUUAUUUUCUUUUGGUUAAAUAUAAUUUCCAAACUUCGUGGUCAGGCAGCAUCUAAGGUUACGUUACCACAGACUGACAGUUGGUAUAUGUACCAAUCAAUCCCUUCAUUAGAUUUAUACAGGUUUAGUUAAGUAGCAUUAAAUAGGAUUCUUAGAAGUGUGUCUUCAUAGUACUUUUAAUACUUAAGGCUUUGUAAAAACUAUCCAUGAAGGGAAAGCUCCUCAGCAUAACUGCUCAGGGAAAUAGGGCUAAAUAACUGAACAUUAAAUAAUUGGUUAAAGGUGCUGUUAGUCGAGCCUCAAUGCUUGCUACAAGGAUGUAUGUACAAGGACUGACUUUAAUAAUUUGCAUUAUAUUGUCCCAACCAGUAGUUUAUUUUUUGCCACGGAGAUGUAGAAGAUAUUACAAGCUACUGGAUGCACUGUCAGAUUAACUUAUUUCAUUAAAGAAGUUGGGAGAACAAA